AUGAAAAAAUUAUUAAAACGUAUUCAAUUAAUUCAUCGAACGAACGAUGGAAAAUGUAAAAAAUUUUGGCAAAAUAUUGAUUUCAAUCGGAUGAUUACACUUGAACAUGUUUGGAACGAUAUAAAUCAACAAUUAGUUUUAGCAUCAUCGAAAAAUAGUUACAAAUUUUAUUGUUAUAAAACAAAAAAAUUAUUGCCAACAUGGUAUCAUGUUGACUUGUUAAAUGAUAAUGAUCGAAUAUUGAUUGAUGAAUUUGAUGAAAGUGUGCAUUCAAAUAAAUCGACAAUAUCAUCUGUACCAAUUAAAGCGCUGGAAUGUUUUAAAAAUAUAUCUAAAAAGAAACAAUUGAGUGCAUCGACUACAAAUCGUUCAUUUAUCAUUAGUAAUAAAUAUUCAGUACCGGAUGUCUUCUAUGAAAAAUGGGAAGAAGUUCUAUUUCAGAUAAUAAAACAAACCAUGUUUUUUCGUGAUAAAGUUGCCAAAGUAUCUCUAAGAGAUAUGUUCGAAAUUCAAGAGCGUCUUGGAACGAAAAAUUUUACAAAAGCUUUACAAAAUAAUGAAGAAACGGAGAAAGACAACGACAACGACGAUGAUGAACCGGCAAAUUUAGAUACGAAAAAAUUAUCAACUCAAAAUACAACAAUGAUGAAUGAAUUACCAUCAAAAUUUGCACCUGUUGAAAUGUCAUCGAAACGAAGACCAUCAAAACGUGAUCAAAUUCCUGUUCAUUUACGUGGAAGACCAAAAUUGAUUGACCCACGAUUCAAUGAACAAUGUGGUGAAUAUGAUGCUAAAGAAUUUCGAGAGUCAUAUCAUUUCAUUACUGAUUUACGGCGCAAAGAAUUGAACGAACUUAGAAAACAAUUAAAAGCAUGUGAAGAUCCAACUGAAAAAAUGAAAUUAAAAACAGUCAUUAGCCGUCUUAAAUCACAAGUCAAAAAUGUCGAUGAUUUAGAUCGUGUAGAAAAAAUUUCUAAAGAUAUAGAAGAAAAAAGUGAACAGCUUGCUAAUGGCGGUGAAUCUACACCUUACAUUACAAAAGAGGUUCGCAAAGUAAUGAAAUUGGCAACAACAUACACAGAUCUGAAGAAUACAGGACGAAUCGAUGCUUAUUUAAACAAGAAACGCAAACGUUUAGCAAGCAAGACCAAGAAACAAAUGCCAACAAGACGACGUGUCAACGACGACGACGAAGACGAAGACAGUUAA